AUGAGUCAAAAUUCUCCCUCAUUCGAUGACUCUGGGUCGAGUUUUGAGAACUACGAGUUUACAUUCGAGUCUUAUCUGAACGACAGCUCUCGGAUCGAAGCCGAUUAUGAGGUCUUGCAGAUCGUGCUCGAUGGCCGGAAUUACCUGGCGCCGUUUUCCAAGGAGAGUCCGCCCAAAAAGGUUCUCGAUAUCGCCACCGGGACGGGCCGCUGGGCCAUUGAAAUGGGCGACGAGUUCCCGCAGGCCGAGAUUACAGGGACUGACCUGUCGCCAAUCCAGCCGACUUGCGUGCCGCCUAAUGUGACCUUUUAUGUAGAAGACAACACGGAGGAAUGGGACUACACGCCCGACUUUGACUACAUUCACACACGCGUCACGUUUGCCUGCUGGAGCGACAUGCCGGACGAGAUCAUCCGGCAGGCCUACGCGCACCUGCGGCCCGGAGGCUGGUUCGAGGCGCAGGAGACGUUUAGCAACAUCGAGUACGAGGACAGCGACAACCCGGAGGAGGUGGCCGCCCGCUCCAGCAACGCCUUCGUCAGGUGGGUGGACGAGGUGAAGCAGCUCGGCGGGGCGGUGGCGCGGCCCUUUGACGAUGCGUGCAAGCUCAAGGAGUGGCUGGAGGAGGCCGGGUUUGUCGACGUGCAGGAGAGGGUGUACAAGAUCCCGCUGAGCGGCUGGCCCCUGGAGGAGCGGACCAAGCGGCUCGGGGAGCUGUGGAGAGCCAACAUCGAAGCCGGGCUGGGGGCGUUCAGCUAUGCGUUGUUCAACAGGGUGCAGGACCGGUCGCUGGAAGAGAUUGAGGUGAGUCUCCCGUCCCUGACAACAAGGGAGGACAGACACCGGUGA